AUGAACAUAUUUUUGAGUGAGAGACUUAGACCAGCCCCAAAGGCUGCUUUCUCCGCUGCGUGCUUCCACUUCUCUUCUACUGAAACCUCCACAGCCACAUUUUCGGCCAUCUCAUGGGGUCAUGUGACCACUCUUGUCCUUGAAUGGGUCUGUUUGAGGUCGCCUCAUGGGUUGUCUCAGACCUCCACAGCCACAUUUUCGGCCAUCUCAUGGGGUCAUGUGACCCCUCUUGUCCUUGAAUGGGUCUGCUUGCGAGCUGCUUUUUAG